GGGGGCGGAGCGGACGGCGUUCGGCGGGUUGAACGGCGGCGGGGGAUGAGCGCGGAGCGGGAGAUUCGCCAGCUGCAGAAGGCGAAGGACAAAGCCCAGCGCGGCGGGAACCUGCUGGAAGAGGCGGCGCUUUGCAAUCAGCUCGGGGAGAUCUUGGCCAGCCAUGGCCGCUACGAGGAGGCUCUGGAGGAGCAUCGGCAGGAGCUGCGGCUGCUGGAGGCGGCAGGUGACGGCAUCGGCUGCGCCGUCGCUCACCGCAAGAUCGGCGAGCGCUUGGCCGAGAUGGAGAACUACGAGGCCGCGCUGAAGCACCAGCGGCAGCACCUGGAGCUGGCGCGGUCCCUCUCGGACGACACGGAGCAGCAACGCGCCUGGGCCACCAUCGGCCGCACGUACAUGUUCAUGGCCGAGAGCCGCGCGCCGGGGGGGGACACGGAAGCGACGGGAGGGGACACGGAAGCGGCAGGAGGGGACACGGCAGCGCUGCGUGAGGCUGAGCGGGCGUUCCGCACCAGUUUGGCCAUCGUGGAGGAGAAACUGGAAGGAAGCGUGUCCAGGCGGGAGCUGACAGAGAUGAGGACGCGGCUGUACUUGAACUUGGCGCUGGUCUACGACAGCCUGAGGGAUGCGGCCAAGUGCGAGCACUACAUGAAGAAAAGCAUCUUCCUGGCUGAGCAGGGCCAGCUGGCCGAGGACCUGUACCGCGCAUACUUCAACCUGGGGCACCUGCGGCUGCGGGGGGGGCAGCCGGGGGGGGCCCUGCGCUGCCUGGCCCGGGCGCGCGACUGCGCCCGCAAACUGCGCGAUCCGGCGCUGGAGAGCGACUGCUGCAGCAGCACCGGCCAGGUGCUGCUGAGUCUCGGGGACUUCGGAGCAGCCAAGCGGGCGCUGAGACGAGCCCACGCGCUGGGAGCGCGGCAGCCUUGGCAGCGCCAGCUCCUGCGCUCCCGCCUGCGAUAUGCCACCAAGGUGACACGGCUGCAGGAGGCUCUGGAGGAGGCGGGGGACCCGGCGGUGGCUUUGUCCCUCUGCGAGCAGCUUGGGGACACCUUCUCCAAACAUGGGGACUUCGACCGUGCCGUCCAGUGCUACCAGCGCCAGCUGGGGCUGGCACAGGAGCUGGGGCGGCCGCCGGGGGAAGUGGCCGUGAUCCACGUGUCCCUGGCCACCACCUUUGGGGACCUUGGGGACCACGAGCGGGCGCUGCAGCAUUACCGGGAGGAGCUGGCGCUGCACCGCGGGGACGCGCUGGAGGAGGGCCGGACGUGGCUGCGGAUGGCACUGGCCAUGGGGGAGGCCGGGACCCCCCCAGACCAGCUCCGCUCCUGCCUGGACACCGCGCUGGCUCGAGCCGAGAGUGCUGGGGACCCCCGGCUGCAGCGGCAGGUGCUGCGGCAGCUCCACGCGCUGCAGCUGCGGGACGGGGACACGGCCGGGGCCGCGCUCACCAUGGCCCGCCUGGGGGGGGACACGGGGGGGGACACCGAGGAGGAGGAGGAGGAGGAGGAGAGCAGCGAGGGGCAGGAGAGCGAGCUGGAGCUGUCCGAGAGCGAGGAUGAACUGGAUGGUUACACCAAGAGCGUCCCCGGGCGCCGGCAGAGCCGCAAGUGGCUCCGUCGCAACGAGCGCGGGGAGACCCCCCUGCACCGCGCCUGCAUUGAGGGCGACCUGCGCCGCGUGCGGCUGCUCCUGGGGCAGGGGCACCCAUUGAACCCCCGUGAUUACUGCGGCUGGACCCCCCUGCAUGAGGCUUGUAACCACGGGCACCUGGAGCUCGUGCGGCUGCUGCUGGAGCGGGGGGCGGCGCGGGACGACCCGGGGGGGCCGGGCUGCGAGGGCAUCACCCCCCUGCAUGACGCGCUGGCCUGUGGCCACUUCGAGGUGGCCGAGCUGCUGCUGCGCCACGGGGCCUCGGUCACCGCCCGCAACGCCAAGGGCCUGACGCCGCUGGGGACGCUGGAGGAGUGGGUGAGCACCUACGGCGCCGAGCUGGACGAGGACACGUGGCGGCGGUGCCGGGCGGCGCGGCGGCUGCUGCGCGAGGCCGCGGCACGAGCCCCGGCGCAGGACUCGCAGGUGUUUGACGCCGAGGUCACCGAGUCCCAAACGGCGCCGGGGGAUGGUGACGGUGACAGCGAUGGUGACAUGUCACCACUGCGGCCGGUCAAGAAGCGGCAGCGGGCGCUGGGGGAGCCGGAUGAGUUUGGAGCCGCCAUCCGGGGCUUCGGCAGCGCCAAGUCCCUUCCUGGUGCCACCAAAUCCCUUCCUGGUGCCCCCGCGUCCCUUGGUGCCACCGUGUCCCUCAGUGCCACCAAGUCCCCUCCCAGCACCGCGGUGCCGUCCCCGCGCCCGGCGCUGAUCCCGGCCGAGCAGUACCUGGCACAGGAGGACUGGCUGGUGGAUGACUUGGGGGGCACCCGGGGGGGCCGGAAGCGGCCGCGCCGUGACCCCCAGGAGCCGGUGACAUCCUCAGGGGACAGCACGGGGACCGAGAGUGACGGCGGGGACCCCCCCGCGCCCCGGCGGCGCCGGGCAGGGCAGAGGGGACCGUCCCGGGAACGGGGACCCCCCGAGGGGAGCAGGGACCCCCUGCCCACGGACGGGGGGGGUGGGGGGAGCCCCUCUGACCUGCCUGUGUCCCCACCUGCACCGCCGCCUGUGUCCCUGCCUGUGUCCCUGCCUGCGCCGCUGCCCGCGCUCCGUGUGCGCGUCCGCGUCCAGGACAACGUGUUCCUCAUCCCUGUGCCGCAGAGUGACAGGCACACGGUGGCCUGGCUGGCGGAGCGCGCGGCCGAGCGGUUCCACGCCUGCUCGGGGCUGCUGCCCCGGCUCACCCUGCAGAAGGAGGGGGCCCUGCUGGCCCCCCAGGACCCCGUGGGGGACGUGCUGCAGAGCAACGAGGAGGUGCUGGCCGAGGUGCAGGGCUGGGACCUGCCCCCCCUGGGCGAGCGCUACCGCAGGGCCUGUCACAGCCUGGGCACCGAGCCCGACCGGCUGCUGCUGCAGGUGACAGCGCGGGGGGAGCAGAGCCCGGCGCUGGCGCUGGGGGGGUCCCUGGGCCUGCGCCCCCCCCGGCUGCCCCCGCUGCUGCGGGCGCUGAAGCUGCAGGGGCUGCGGCAGCUGCGGCUGCGGGCGUGCGGCCUGGCCGAUGGCACCGUCCCCGAGCUGGCGGCCGCGCUGGCCGCGCUGCCCGGGCUGCUCCUGCUGGACCUGAGCGGCAACCGCCUGGGGGCGCAGGGGCUGCGGGGGCUCCUGCCGGCCCCCGGCACCGCCGGCGCAUGCCAGAGCCUGCAGGAGCUGGACCUGAGCCUGAACCCGCUGGGCGACGCCGCCUGCCGGCCCCUGGCACAGCUGCUGCGCGGCUGCCCGGCGCUCACCACGCUGCACCUGCGCGCCUGCGGCUUCACCGCCGCCUUCUGCCUGCCCGGGGCCGAGCGGCUGCAGAGCUUGACCUUGUCCUGCAACGCGCUGGGCCCGGCGGCGCUGGAGCGGCUCCUGGACGCCGCGUGCUGCCGCAGCCUGUGCCGCCUGGAGCUCGGCUCUGUCACCGGCCCCGCGCCGCGCCCGCUCGGCGCGGCCCUCGCCGGCUUCCUGGCACAGGACGGCUGCGCGCUGAGCCACCUCACGCUCGCCGGGAACCACCUGGGUGACAGUGACGUCCUGGAGGUGGCCAGGUGUCUCCCCUCCUGCCCGGCGCUGGUUUCCCUGGAUCUUUCGGCAAACCCCGGCGUUGGCGUCGUGGGGCUGCGGGCGCUGCUGGCCGCCCUGGGCGAGCGCGGCCAGGGGCUGCGGUUCCUCAGCCUAGCAGGCUGCUCCGUGGACGGUCCCUCAGACGCCACGACUUGGGCCAAAAUCACCAGCUUGAUCCAGGACCUGCGGCUCUGCGGGCGCCGCAUCACCCAGCGCGGCGACACCGGUGACACCGGCACCCUCGCGCGGCACCGCAAGCUCUUCUGCAAGAGCCGCUGAAGCGCCGGCGGCUCGCGGUUUUAACCGGCGCGGCCAUUACACACCGUAUUUAUCCCC